GUGUUAUAUCUCCAUCUCAUCCUAAACAUUUUACCAACAUGUAAAAGGCAUACGUCCACAAGAUUUUGAUGUGUUUGUGCUGAAAUUCAGUUUUUUAUAUUCUAGUUUUUUUCUUCAAUCAACAGGCAGCUUAAAUAUCUUGAAUGACAAUUGCUCAUUAUCACAGCUCACAUGAGUGUUUGCUUCUUUAACAUGAUUUCAUUUGGAUUUCUUAAUAUACAUAAAGUGAAAAUCCAGGUCAAAUAUAGAAUGUGUUACGCUGUGAUUUUUAUGAACAGCUGUCUACACUGAUGUUUACUGGGUACUUGUAGAUGUUAUGUUGACAUCCUCCAUGACACAAACACAACAACCUGUUUUAUUUUUAAAUGUGUGAGAUGGCCCUCAGGCCUCUAAAUCCACAUCCAGGUUUGGGUGACUACUUGAAUUAGGGGAGUAUUAUUUAGAGCAAUUUUUGUCACUUUAGUUAAUUGCUCAACUCAGGCCGUUUUUGUUCAGUCUUUUUCUAACUGAACUUUCACAUUUAAUAUGCUAACUGAAGCCUGUAGAGUCUGAGAUGUAGCUCUUUUAUUUUCUGUAUUGUACAGUCUGACUUAGGGGUGAAUUUGCUGGGAUUUCCACUCCUAGAAAGAUUGGCGACUGUGUUGCAUGUUUUGAAUAAUCUUCUUCAGAGUAGACCUUUGGUGUAAGCUGAUAGUGAAUGAAAAAAACCAUAAAAAGCUGCUGUAGUUUUACUUUUCCAAGAGCGGUAAUGCACAUAAUGCAGAGACGAGCGCACGGGGGGAUAUCCAAAUUCUAGGAAGGCAGCCUGCUGCUGUACACAGGCGGAUUCUUCUCAGUCAUAGUUCUUAACAACUUGACUGUUUUCUCAAACUACACAAAGGGCGCUGUUCCCAUUCUGGGAAGUCUACUCAUCUUCAAAUUAUAAGUAGCUAUAUAUAAGCAGCUAUAUUAGCUUUGGCUUAACAUAUGUUAAAUAGCAUACUUUCCUGUUAAAAAUUUAUGACGGCUCAAAAUUAAAACCUUACAAAUUAAAACCCUGAAUCAUCACCACUUGUGUGAACUACAAGGGUGCCAUUUUUUGCUUUUCAAUCCAUUAAGUACCACAUUUUACACACUGAGCAAGAAAGGAAGUAAGCUCUUCAUGGUGACCCCCGAAAUUUUAAUGUAUCACUUUCUAUUCUUAGUUACACUGUAGCAGGUGACAGUAAUUAAAAACUACACUUUAGCUGUGGUGUGUCAAAACUUAUUUUAAAACAAUACAUAUGUACACUGCACUGUUAUUGACUCCAACCACUCAUAUAUCUGCAUGGCUGCAGUCAAUGACAGUGUUUCAAAGACAGUGGACCAAAACCCACCUUUCUUUUCCAGCCCUGGUUGCAGUGACAUGGCACUACAUUUCUGGGGAUGCAAUAACACCAAACAACAAUCACAUUUUUGUUAUAUAUUGCUUUGUGAUGGCCCACCAGAGGGCUCCACUCACACCCAGGUCGGGAGGAGGGGUUCUGCUGGUUUUUGGCGCAAUCUGUUCAGUUGUUGUUUGGAGAUGAAUAAAGUCAGAAUGGAAAGUUACAGCUCCUGUGUCGUCUCUACCAUACCUCCACAGCUUAACAAAUAUAUCAGACCACCAUGCACGAAUUUUAAAAUGUGCUAUUUUGCAAAAAGCAGAAAAAAUAGUAAAGCGUAUUAUUAUUAUUUUUAUGAAGAUGACAUCUUAAAUUUGAUUGAGCUACCUUCAAACUUUAAAGUAAACAUUUCAACAUUACAAUAAAAUCCUAUGCUGCUACUAUCAAUAAAAAUGGAGAAAAUGUCUAUAUUAUCUGGCUUUUCCAUUAAAAAGCAAAAGUGCUGCUGAGGUAGCUCAUCAGUUGUGCUCAAUCAUAUAUAGAGAUGGCUGCCCAAAAAGAAUUUUAUCCGACCAAGGAAGAGAAUUUGUUAACGAGCUCAACUCAAGACUUUGCAGCUUAAUGAAAAUAGAAAGGAGUGUCACAGCAGCGUAUCACUCUCAGACAAAUGGCCUCGACGAAAAGACAAAUGACAACAUAAAAAGAGCCCUGAGAAAAUUAGUGAACAGAAUGACUGGGAUGUGUAUCUGGAUACUACACUGUUUUCUUUGAGGUCCAAGGUCCACACCACAACCAAAUACACACCAUUCCAUUUAAUGUAUGGGAGAGAAGCUACGUAUUCUUCUGAAGUUCCCGUUGAAGUCCCGGUCAUUGAUGCAUACCUGCACCGUCUCACUGAGAGACGAAAGAAUGCUGCACACCUGCUCUGUUCAGUAGUUGCAAGCACGUUGUUUUCUGGGCAGUUCAGAUGCCUCACCAAGAUGAAGUUCCCAAUUGAAGACACGUGGCUGUGCCCUGUGAACCUUGGUACACACUGGAUUCUUGUGAUUGUCAACAUUUCUGCACAAAAAAUAUUGCUCAUAGACCCCAUGGGGAAUGAAGGUGUUUAUGACAGGAAAAUUCUGUGCAACUGGAGGAAUAUUCUGAGGAUGAGAGGGCAUGAAGACACCAUGGAGUGGCAGUUACAGACUAUGCAACACAACAAGCAACAGGAUUCCAGCAGUUGCAGAGUUUUACUAUUAAAGUUUACAGAACACUACCUUGCUUUUGGAGAGGUCAGUGAGGUGUUAAUCACUACAGAAGCAGUUGUGCUGGAGCGAAUGCAGAUAGCUUGCACCCUACUUGAACAUCGAGGGAACGCUGAGGAGUACUGCAUUGUUUGCUCUAUGUUAGAUGCUGACGCUGACCGCAGCAUGAUUGAAAUGGUGCAGUGUGAUUCUUGCCAAAGAUGGGCACAUUUUGAAUGUGCAAAAUAUAAGGAGAGUAACCGAGAAUAUAAAUGCAAAAAAUGUGAGAAAAACAUGUAACAACUUCGAAUAAAAAC